AUGGAAUUUUUUAUUAAAAAAAGAAAUUUUACAGUUUUAUUAAUAACUAUUUUUAUGUUAAUUAAUAUUUUUAAUGUUCAAAUGAUUACUGGAGCUCCAAGACAUAGUCAAUUUAAUGAAAUAAGACAACGUAGAGAUGCUAAGAAUGGAUUAUCAAUAAAUCAUGGACAACGCCUUUUUGAAGCUUUGAAAAAAUUACGUGAAGAUGAAGCAAAAGAAAAGGUAACAGAUAACUACAAAGAUCCAAGAGAUCCAAAUUCUUAUGGUAAAUAA